AUGAGUACCAACAUUAAGGACCUCAUCAAGCAGGAGAAGGAAAGGAGGAAGUUACUCCGAGAGGAAAGGAAAAAAACGGAACAGGUGAAGCAAGCAGAAGGGGGGGAAGAGUACCCGACUGGGAAAGACACACCGGGGAACUAUUACACAAAGAGUGCACAACAGGAUAGGCUCUUUUUAAAAAUUCAAAAUAACUCCGAACGUGGUAGCGUUUCGCAAAAAUAUAACCAUGUAGGAGAACAACUGUGUGAGGUUGGUCAGGGCAGAAGACCAUCCGGCCCCAUGGGCAGCAGUGAACAAAUGAGUAUGCAAAAAACAAGUGACAAAAAAAUGCAAAAAAGGGUUCUGUUCGCCGAACCGACUGCGCCAAUAAACAGGCUAAAUAAAAAUAACAAUUUUAAGGAUGCGUUUUUGGACUAUAGCAAUGAAGAGCAAAGUGAGCAUUCAGAAGGAGCUUCCAAGGAGGAGGAGGAGGACAAGGAUGUUGAGGCCAACUUGCCUGCAAAUUUUUUUGACUCCAUAAAGACUUUCAUUUAUGGAAAAAGUGAAAAAAGUGACAAGAGAGGUACCACCCCUUUGGAAGGAAGCCCUGGUGGGAAGAGAAAAGCAGAUCAACGUGAUCACCUUUCUGAAGAAGACGGACUUAAUAGAGUACAUGUCACAUAUGGCUUAAGUGAAGACAAGGACAUAUCAAGUGGCAGGUCUGCAUCAUCGCAGGAGAUCGGUGAUGGAAUGCAUGCCUUGGGACAGCGAAGCGGAAACAAAUUUCAUUUAAAAAACGAACCAAACGUUGAAGUGAUCGAAACGUACGAAAUUAUAGAGGACACUCUUGGAAGUGCAGAAUUGGUGGAAAAUGAAAAUUUUCACAAGCAAAUAAAAAAAAAAAGGAAAUUGCUAAGUGAGGGAGAAUACCAUUCGGAUGUAGAACAAGACCAUGAGGGGGGUACUUUCGAAAGGGGGGAACGAACGCAAAUAGGAGACGUGUCUAGGGGUAAAGGCGAUCAAAGCGAUGGAGAGGAAGAACAAGAAGGAAACGAAAUUCUGAAUCUGUUCAGUACUAAUAUGGAAGAUUUGACAAACUACAAACUUCUCGACACAGCUUAUUACGAGGAGUUGGACUACUUACACAAAAUUCUUGUGGAGAAGAAAAAAUACAUUUUAGGUGACACGUAUGAUGAGGAGAAAGAAGAGAAUGAAGAACGAGAGGUAGAGCUACUUGAAGAAUUGAAUCAAUUUCGAAAAAAAAAAAAAAAAAUGGAAAAGGGAGGAAGAGGUGAUGAAGACAGAAACGAUAAUGAUAACCAUUUUAACAUUGACGAAAUUUACGACAUGCUAAAAUUAAAAAGAGGGAUGAAGGAAAGUGAUGGUCCAAUUGCACACACAAGUGGAAAUACACCAACUAGCAAGUGUGCUGAUGAGAACAGGGACGAGGGGAAAAAGACAAAUGAAUAUGAAAAUUUACCCAAGGGAUUUUUCGAUGAUAAAGAAAAAGAUAUAAUGGUGAGAGAAAAUAUUUCCCUGGCUAAGAUAAACCAAAAGAUUGGAGAAAUUAAAAAACAGAAAAAGAAUAUUUUGGUCGAGUUUAAAAUGAUGCAAAAUGUGUACGAGGAAAAGAAAAACAGCUAUAUCGAUUAUUUGUAUGAUGAUAAGUUCGAUGACAAGGAACACAUUUUGGAUGAAAUUGUGAAGAAGUCGACCAACCGGGGGGUGGUAGAAAUGGACACCCACGAGGGUAAACAAAAGCAAAAAAAAAAUAAUAAAAAAAAAAAAGAAAAAAGGAAUGCAAAUAAUUUACAACUUGAUGACGAACAUGGGGACAUUUUCCACUGGAGGAAGAAAAGCCUUUUUUAA